AUGUUGGCACGGUAUCGUGAAAAGACACCCCUUCCCGUCUCAGCCUACAAAUCGGAAUCCACAGAGCAGCAACAACAACAAUCACCAACAACAACACCUCGUAAGGCGAGCAAGAUUGGAUUGGCGGUGGUUGGCUAUCGUGAAGAACCCACUCUCUUUUUACAAUGUCUCGAAUCAAUUCAACGGCUCCGGUAUCCUGAUCCCUUCAAGAUUGUAGUGGUGGUGGACGGCAAGGAUCAAGAGGAUCAUGAAAUGGCAUCCAUUUUUGAAAAGGCAUUCCCUGGUCAUUCGACUGUUGUGUUACCCUAUCUCAUGUCAGAACGUGCGCUGGCGCAAAAGAAUCCAAAGGCAACAUCAUCCACUGAACAAGAUCCUGAAAAGAUGGAAUACAAGAAAUAUGAUAUGGAUCCCGUAAAACGGCAAGGAAGCAGCAGCAGCAGCAGCAGCAGCCAGGACGAGGAACGUGUGACCAUGUGGGAAGGUGAAGAACCCGUAUUGUUGCCUACGGAUACCCGUGCUGUAUGUUAUUUGCAACCGCAUUGUGGAAAGCGCCAUGCCAUGUACACAGCUUUUCGGGUGUUGAUGGAGGCUGGAUGUGAUGCUAUCAUGUCCACUGACUCUGAUACCAAGUUUGAUCCUAAUGCUAUGGUUGAAAUGGAACGUGCUUUGUAUUGGCAUCCCAACAUUGGUGCGGCUGCAGGUGAUGUGCGUAUUUGGAAUGCUGGUGACUCUUUGCUUUCAUUCAUGUCGUCGUUGCGCUAUUGGAUGGCUUUCAACAUUGAACGUGCUGCACAAAGCUUCAAUCGCUGCGUCACAUGCGUAUCAGGUCCAAUGGGAUUGUACAGAUCAAGCGUAUUGGCAGAGAUAUUGGAUGAUUGGAUUGCACAACGAUUCCUUGGCAUGGAAUGUACUUAUGGUGAUGAUCGGCAUUUGACAAAUCGUGUAUUACUUCAUGGCUAUCGAGUCGUCUACACGCAUUACGCCUUUUGUGAGACUGAAACACCCACUGCAUUUUUACGAUGGUUCAAACAACAAACACGGUGGUCCAAGAGCUUUUAUCGUGAAUUACUUUGGAAUGCUCGAAGCUUGCACAAACAUAGUCCAUGGAUGGCGGCUGAGCUGUUUUAUCAGGGUGUGUACCCUUUUGUAUUGCUCUUUUCCAUCUUUUACAUCUUGUGGGCCCAUGCUCCCUUUGUGCUUGCUGUUUGGCUCGUAUCGCUUAUGGCUAUCGCUUGUAUCAAGACCAUCUACUCGUUGAUCGUUUCACGGUCCUUACGCUUCCUUGCGUUCCCACUCUACUCGAUCUACUACUUGCUUGGUCUUGUUCCUGCCAAACUAUGGGCACUCGUUUCCUUGUGGGAUGUGGGUUGGGGCACAAGCGCUCGAUCAGCUUCUGAACGCAAGCUAGAGAAUGUUUUACUCUUACAAAUCAAGGAGGCUUUACCAGUGGUUGUAUGGUUUUCGGUCAUUCUCGCUGGUAUUGUUUUCAACCUUACGGUGUUUUUCCUCAAUCCCAAUUCACUCAACCCAGUGGUGGAUCCUGGUGAAAACCCAGACCCAAAUAGCAUUGUCUUUUAUCCCAAUCCCAAUGGUCUUGCAUAG